AUGCGUGAGAGCGUAUACAUGCGUGUCCACGUGUACAUACUCGUCAUUUACUUUAGUAUCUGGUUGCACAGGCCAACUUUGCGUGACAAAUCAGACUUGUACUAUAUGCUCCCUGGUUGGAUCUUGUUUUUCGUGCCGAGCCGAUUUUUCGACUGCUCAGUGUCUGGUUGCGAAAGGCCAAGUGUCAGAGCAAACGGUGGUUGCGACAGCUGUAGUCGCCAUUUAUGCCUCGCCCACUUGUCUCCUUGUCUUCAUACGUGUGACGAGGUCUUGGAUGAUGCAACUUAUGAGUCCCAAAUUACCGCCGAGAUCAAUCGUCUCCGAUCUCUGAUCAACGACGUGGCCGUAUGUCAACUUGCAUCCAGGCUCAAUGGCGGUACAAAUUGCAAAAUUGAACACUCGUCCAAAGUUGGACCGAGCGCCCUCAUGGGAAGCGCCAACUAUCAUGCCUGUAUACGCUUCCAAGACGGCUCCCCCUCGUGGCUCCUCCGAGUUCCUCGAGUGACGAGCUGUGCCGUUGGUCUUCCCAUCACAUUGGCGGAUUAUCUGAUAGCCAGCGAGUAUGCAACAUUGAAGUUUCUCGAAGCCACUUCAGUGCCAGCUCCUCGAGCUUUCAGCUACGGCGUAUGCAGCAAUGGGACAGACCAUGGCGUCGGCGUGGCUUUCCUUCUUAUGGAAGAGCUACCAGGAAGACCCUGGGCAGGCGAAGGCGUGGCGGGUACAAUGGCCACUGACGAAGAAAAGGUAAGGAUUUGGAGUGAACUUGCAGACAUCCUGGCUGAGUUAGAACGUCACCCUUUUCCUAAAGCUGGAUCAUUGUGCUUCCAGUCAUCUAAUGUCGAAGUUUCGGCUGUAGCGAGCGACAGAUUCGGCGUACUCACUCCUUAUGGCCCAUUUCAUAAUUCUGCAGCAUAUUAUACUGCCUUUGCUGAGCAGUACUUGGAGCUGAUUGCAGACGGCCAACUCUACACUGAGUUUCCAGUUGACGCGUACCUAGUGUACCGCUUUCUGAAAGACAAUGUAUCACAGAUAGCCGAACAAGGGGGAGAAACGAAGUCUCCAGAGAAAUUCUUUUUAAAGCACGUUGACGAUAAAGGCGACCAUUUACUUGUCGACGACGACCUCCACAUCACGGGUAUCAUUGACUGGCAGAUGGCACGUGUUGUGCCACGACGGGAAGCCUUUGGCCCGUCGCUUGUGACUGCCGACAUGGAUGCGUUAUGUACCGGUAAGGUUUCGUUCAGUGCCGAUGAUAUUGCCUUAGCGGAUACUCUGCAGCAAAAGGGCCGCUCUUCAAUGACUAGCUGCGUGGUCGACGAGAAAGCCAGGAGGUUUUUCUGGGGCCUGGCCUUGGAAUCCGAAUGGUCGGAUGCCUUCCCGCUGGCAACGGCGAUACUAGAAGCUUUUGGGAUCCGACAAGAUUGGGCACAGUGGAGGGAGAUGGAACUGAAGGAAUACGAGAGUGAUGAGCGUCUAAAGGGCCUUGUUCAGCAUUGUCGUCCCUGA